AUGUAACGAAGUAGCAAUAACCCAAUUUUUCUAUCUCCAGAUCAAUUCGCCACUCUCUUUAAUCAAGGAAUUAGAGAAUCAACAUAUUUGGAUGAAAUGUAGGAUUAAAGAGAACUUAGCUUUUCAGCCCCAAAAUUAGAUGAAAUGAAUUAAUCAAACCAACUUAAUUAGUCUAGUAAUUUUUUACCAGAUUUUCCAAAGGAUGAUGUUGUUAUAAGUACUAUUCAAUAAAGUAUAAGUUCAGUAUCGAGACAAUUAUAUGAAUAAUCAUAACACAUUGAAUAACAUAAUAAACAGUUGAGUGAAUCAUAUUAAAGAAUACUAAAAUAGAACAAAGAGUUAUUGAACAAAAGAAAAGAAUUAGAAGAAGAGAACUCAGCACUUCUAGAAGAAAACUUUGAUCUUAAGCGAUAGGCACAUGAACUUUAAUAAAAAUUGACCAUAGCUCAAAGUUAAAUGUUAAUCAAAAGAGAUUAAGAAAUACAAACAUUAAAAUAACAAAUUAAAGAAUUGUAAAGUUAAUCAACUUCUAGAGAUUCAGCUACCAAGACUGAAGGUAGUACUGCUACUUCUCACAAAUCAUAUUUUGGAUCAAAUACUCAUAGAGUUCAAUCUAAUGAACAAUCUAAAAAUCCAUCUAGAUUUACAUCUCCUGUUCCAAAAUAAUAAACUUCAGAAUUCUCAGUUUUCAAUUAAUAUAAUUCGAAUACUGUCUUCGGAAAAUAACCCUAAUUAUGA